AAAAAAAAAAAAAAAAAACAAGAGGACAAAUCAGGAUCCGAAACAACAAGCAGCAGACCAUGCCCAAAAACGCUCAUAUCGACGUGGACGAGGUCCACUCGCUCAUCAACGAGGUCAAUAGCUGGCACCAGCCCAUCGUCCCGCCCAUCGAGCCGGGCAACUGGUCACAGCCCCGAGGCGGCGGGGACGAUGCCGACGCCCGCACAGACGACUCCAAGGGGACCUUGACGGUCCAGCAGUACGAGGGCUACACCUACGACACUACAGCGGCGGAAGCGAGCAGGGGCAAGUACGCGAGCUAUGGAGGAGGAGGAGAAGGAGAAACGGGAGAGGACAAUAACGACGGGUACGAGGACGACGCCACAUGCGACUGUGGAUACGAUGACGAUGUCAUCAGUCAAACCACCGCAUGGCCAGAAUCGGAAAGCAGUAGCGUCGCCGGCAAGCCCCUGUCCAGAUACUCGCAGUCCACCGCGCCGUCCCACAGAGAGGUCGACCCCGAGCAGCAGGCCGACGACCUAGCCGUGGAGGAGGCGACGCGCGGCCCGCUGCUGGUCUGCGAAUUUAGGGACCUGUGCGGCUGUCCCGAGAUCUUCAACAGCAACGAGACCGAGGCUUGGAUCGAACACAUCGGCGGCCACCACCUGGGGUACAAGUUCCCGGCAAAAUCCGUCUGCUGGUUCUGCGACGACCAGGUUUUUGACAGCGAGGUGGUGGACAGGAAAGGGAAACGUACCAAAAAAGCCAGCAGCGGAGAGGAUAAGGCCGACAAGCGCGAGAGGCGAGCCCAUGCCUUCCGGCAGCGGCUGGAGCACGUGGCCUGGCACAUCGUCGAUCAGCGCCAUUACAAAUACCUUCACAUGAGACCCGAUUUCAGACUUAUGAAGCACAUGCACAAGCACGGCCUGCUCGACGAUGAAACUUACAACUUUGCGAUUGCUUUUGAGGAUGCGCGGCGGCCGUUGUCCAGUCCCAAGCCCGAGAAACAGAGGCGUAUCAAGACAAAUCCUCCGGACUGGGAGCCGCCCCACAAAAUCCUGGAGAGAGAGCGGAAAAGUCAGAUCAUUUAUGACCAGCCUAAGGAGGAUCGACAGCUGAAAAAGGAGAAAGAUUCCAAAAAGAAAAGGGGAAGCUAGAAAGUCCAAGAAAUAGCUUCUCUUUGCAGGUUAAGCUUUGGGUGAGCUUGUUCGAGUACCUGGAAGUCUGUUUGUUUGUUUUUUUUAUUUUUAUUUUUUUCAAGUUGGUUAGUUUGAUACCCCCUAUUGCCAGUACCGGCGCUUUCAGUUUCAAUCGGCAUGUCGCUCGAGGAUCGAAUUUG